CAUUUGUUAUUUCGUCUUCACUCUCUUCUUUCUCCCCACACUUACCUUCGCAGUACUCUCACUCUCCGGCGCUUAAUCUCGCAAUUUCCGUCGUUUUCUCUGUUCGAAAUGAGUGCUUGGGCUGAUCCAAAGUCUAAGGGAAAGAACGUCGCUCAGGGUGGUUCUAACCCAGAGGUCGAACAGUUGGUGCAAGGUUUUGCUGGGACGAAUCUGGCUCCUUCGCAAGAUGAUGGAGGAGAAUGGGAGUUCAUCUCCAAAAAGAACAAGAACAAAGCUGAAAAAGCUUGGGCUUCUCAUAACCAGAACCCUCCUAGAGCUUGGAGCGGUCAGCAACAAGGGAGGGGCAAUCAGCAACAAGGGAGAGGCAAUCAGCAACAAGGGAGAGGCAAUCAUGUGACUGGGAGAGGUAACGCCAAUGGUCGGGGAACUCAAGCUACUGAUUCGAGGGUCUCUACCGGUCGAGGAACUGGUCGGGGACAAGCACUGAACAGAGGGUAUGGUAACAACUAUGUCGCUCCGCCACCUGUAGUUCGCCCUCCUUUAGAAGGAGGAUGGAAUUGGCAGUCUAGAGCAGGUGCUGCUCGGCACACUGUUCCGCAGGAGAUCCCGGACGAGGAUGAUGAUGUGGAGAAUGUUUCUGAGGAAGAGGAGGAUGAUUGCGAUGGUUUGGAUGAUUCUGAUGAAGACCUUGUGAGUGAUGAGUAUGACUCGGAUGUGAGUCAACAGAGCCAUGAGACACGGAAGCAGAACAAAUGGUUCAAAAAGUUUUUCGACAGCUUGGAUAGCUUGUCUAUCGAGCAGAUAAAUGAACCACAGAGGCAGUGGCAUUGUCCAGCUUGUCAGGGCGGGCCUGGUGCUAUUGACUGGUACAACCUGCAGCCACUUCUAGCUCAUGCGAGGACAAAGGGAGCUAGAAGAGUUAAGCUCCAUAGGGAACUGGCUGAAGUCCUAGACAAGGAUCUGCAGAUGAGAGGAGCAACUGUCAUUCCGUCUGGUGAAAUUUUCGGGCAGUGGAAGGGUUUGGGUGCGGAUGAAAAGGAUCAUGAGAUUGUCUGGCCGCCAAUGGUAAUCAUUAUGAACACCAGACUGGACAAGGACGAUAAUGAUAAGUGGCUAGGUAUGGGCAACCAAGAGCUACUGGAGUACUUCAACGAGUAUCCUGCUAUUAGAGCACGUCAUUCCUAUGGUCCACAGGGCCACCGUGGGAUGAGUGUUCUGAUCUUUGAGAACAGUGCCACUGGCUAUUUUGAGGCUGACCGCCUGCACAGGGACUUAGUUGAGCAAGGGUUAGAUAGAAACGCCUGGGACCGUCGGCGCAAUUUGUUUACUGGAGGAGUUCGCCAACUAUAUGGCUUCCUUGCAACCAAGCAAGAUCUGGACGUAUUCAAUCAGCACUGUCGAGGCAAAACGAUGCUGAAAUUCGAGAUGAAGUCAUACCAGGAGAAUGUUGUGAAGGAGCUGAGGCAGAUCGCUGAGGACAAUCAGCAGCUAAACUGGUACAAGAACAAGGUUACUAAACAAAUGAACCACAAAAAGGUGCUUGAGGAGUCUCUGGGAAUCUUAAGCGAGAAGCUGCGUAAAUCAGCAGAGGAUUAUCGUAUCGUGAGACAGAGAACAAAGAUGCAGCAUGAGCAUAACAGAGAGGAGAUGGAUUUGCAAGACAAGUUUUUCAAAGAAGCAUUCAAACGGAUACAUGAGGAGAGAGAUGCAAAGGAGGAGAUUUUCGAGAAGUUGCAGCAGCAGGAACGUGCUAAGGUUGUAGAGCAGCAGCAAAAGAACGCAAAUCCCUCCAGCAAAGAUGAAUUACGAAAGAGAGCUGAGGAGGUUUCUAGCUUCAUAGCGUUUCAAGAGAAAGAGAUGAAGGAGUUUGUGGAGGAGAGGGAGAAGCUCAUAGAGGAGCAAGAGAAGAAGAUGGCAGAGAUGAAGAAGAGGCAUUAUGAGGAGAUGCUUGAUCUGGAGAGAGAGUUUGAUGAGUCUUUGGAGGAGCUCAUGAACAAGCACGGCCUUCAGGAUGCAGAUGACUGAGACCAGUCUGGUUUUUGUUUAAGAGAAAGACUAUUCUUCUCCAUUUUAGUAGGAAACAUUUAAGGAGACUUGAGAUUAGUACUCUCCAAGUGACCAAAACCUAUUUUGAUAACUAUUUUGUUUUGGUAAAUCUCGUAUGAAAGUUUAGGCAUAUAA